AUGUUAAAUUCUAAAGAGAACGAAAUAAAUGGUAGCCCUUCAGAUUCUCUAAAUGGAGAUGCAGAAAAUGAGAAUGAAAAUGAAAGAAAAUGUUUGUGGGUACCAGAUGAAGAAGUAACUAAUUGUUAUAGUUGUAAUGUUGUUUUCAAUGUAAGAGUAAGAAAACAUCAUUGUAGAGCAUGUGGGAAUGUAUUUUGUUCCAAUUGUUCUGAUAAUAAAAUAAAAAUAAGUGAAUAUAGUUAUUCUGAGAAGGUUAGAGUAUGUGAUCGUUGUUUUAUGGAAAGAUCUUCUCCUCAAACUUUAUUAUUACAAGAAGAUUUAGGUGCUAGAAAACAAAUAAAUCAAGAUUUAAAAAAAGCAUUAAGUGAAAAGAUGGCUAUAGUAGAAAGAUUUAAAACAUUUUUAAUUGAAUUUGAUAAUGAAAUUUUAAAUAAUACAGAUAACACCGAUGGUAAUACUGAUGUUAUUUCUUUAUUAAAAAGAGGAGAAAAAGGUUUAAAAACUUUAAAUGAAAAAAUUAAAAAUUAUGAUUCAAUUAUUCAAGAACAAAAAAAUGAAUUAGAAAAUUUGAAAAUGGAAAAAGAACAAAAAAUGGAAUUAAAUAAAAUCUUAAAUUUAAGAAAUCAUGAAAUUCAACAGAAAAAUAUUAAUAUUAAAAAUCUUAUGAAAGAAAAAAAUGAAUUAGCACUCGUCAAAGAAGAAUCAGAAGGUAUUAUUGAAUCAUAUAAAAAACAAGUUGAGAAAUUAAUUAUCAGAUGUAAUCAACUAGAAUUAGAAAAAAAAACAUAUAAUAAAAAUGAUCUAAAUAAUUUCUCUAUGACAAAUGCUAGUUCUACGUCAUACAACCAAGGUUCUUUUAAUUUACCGUCUAAUGGUAUGUCAGUAUCAUAUACGAUAGCUGAUGGCCCCAACGAAUAUAUGGACGAUGAAAAUUGUUGUAAUAGAUGUCAGAGACGAAUGUGUUCUAUUAUGUAA